AUGGCGCACACCCGUGCCCCGCAGGACCUGUCGCCACAAGACUCGACAUUCCUCUUCAUCAACACGCUGCAGGAACAGCUGGCCAAGUCCGACUUCGUGAACAACAUCAACAAUAACAACAAGCCCACGGAGCCACACUCCGCUCGCGGACCAUCGGCGCCGUCAACGCCGUCAAAACCGAAUAAAGAGGGCGGGCGGACCUCGGUGGUCGCGUCCUCAUCCUCAUCGUCGUCAUCAUCGACUGCUAUGAAACCGACUGUGCCCAAGUGGUCCGACAAGGACAGCCAGGGAGCGCGGAUCACGAGAUUGAAGCCGCCCAGGCAGGCCAAGUAG